GUGUCGGGGGAGAAAAAGCAACUCCGCCAACACAUCACCCAGACUGAAGAAGAAGAAGAAGAAGAAGAAGAAGAAGAAGCAGAAGCUGGAUAUCUAGUCUGACUGGAUCUAACGGCCCAGUCCCACGUUUACCAUUGGACCCAGACACAUUACAGGUAAUGAGUAAUGGAAGCAGGAUCGGUGGUGCGUGCCGUGUUCGAGUUCCUCCCCAGCGUUUCUGAGGAGCUACCACUCUUCCCUGGUGAUGUCAUCGAGGUGCUCAGUGUCCUGGAUGAGUUCUGGUUGCUUGGUAACAAAGAUGGCGUCACAGGUCAGUUUCCCAGCACCUUUGUGGAAGAGGUCACCAUACCCAGCACCAAACCUGAAGACACGCUGUACGUGUGCAUCAACGAUUUCAGCUCAGUAGAGCCGGGCAACCUUCACCUGAAGAGAGGUGAUGUGGUUGUUGGGGAGGCGGGCGCGUCCGUGGACCUUGGAGAAACCUGGCAGCGUGGUUGUAAUGCCUGGGGCGUCCGUGGCCUCUUCCCCACAUCAUGUGUGAAGGAGCUGAACCUGUCAGGCCGCUCCAGGCAGCUGUCUGAACGCUCAGCUCAGGCCCAGGCUUCAGAGCUCCCACCUUAUGCCCUGGGUCAAGCCAGGGCCCUUAUGAGCCUCCACGCUCAGUUAAAUGAGGAGCUGGACUUUCGUGAAGGGGACUUGAUCAUCAUUAUUGGACUCCCGGAGCCAGGCUGGUUCCAGGGGGAGCUGGAGGGUCGCCGUGGCAUCUUCCCAGAGGGAUUUGUGGAGCUCCUGAGUCCUCUGCGAUCACCUCAGGUGCCCAUGGACUGCCAGUAUUUGAACAAUGAUUCUGAACCGUUUAACUAUGAGGACCCUUAUGAUGCAGGAGAGGGGACUGAGGAGGAAGGAGAGACUUUUCAGAAAGAGGAAGAGGAGCAGAAAGAGGCUCUAGUUGAAGAAGAAGAAGAAGAAGAAGAAGAAGAAGAGGAGGAGGAGGAGGGUGGUGUCUAUGUAGUGGCCCUGUAUGAGUUCAGGGCCAUGGAACAAGGAGAGUUGGACUUUGAUACAGGAGAUCGCAUACAUCUUCUAAGCACUUUGGAUGAUGGUUGGCUUGAAGGGGAGCUGCAUGGGCGGCGUGGUAUUUUUCCUCAUCGAUUCGUCAAAAUGGAGGAUAAUGGGCAGCAGCCCUCAGAGGAAGCAAAUGUUGUCGAACCUGAAGAAGACAAAGACAAUAGCUCUACUUCUGACUACAGCUCUGGCCAGUUAUGUUCCAAUGAAUCUGAGAAUGAUGCUGACUGGAGGACCUAUGAGGAUCACACAGUGUGGGACCUGGAUUACUUUGAGAGGACGGAGGAGCGGAGGUGGCAAAGUGAGAACCAAACUACUGGAGCUCAAACUACCAACAGAGGACAAAGAGAUGGGGGUAUCAGGCCUGACACUCAACCGCGUAGACCUUCUGCUCCAGCACAGAGACGGCCAGAGAGACCCAGAUCUACUCCUCCGGCAAGGCCAAGACUCCCAGCUCGGCCUAGCCUUCCUGCACGCAACCGUAGGAGCCAUGGUCCAUCUUCAGAGACUAAUAGAUCUAGUUAUACUAAUGGUAACUCACAAUCCUCACGUCCAAAACUAACCCAUAGUCUUACCCUACCUAGAACUCUGCCUAAUUGGUCUAAAGGAAGCAGAUACAAUCAAAAGUCAACAAAAGACAGUUCCACCACCAAUAACGGAACUUCCAGUCUUGGCCAGGUGUUAUUAAACCUUGCCGAGGGCCAUAUGCAAAGCAAACUAACUCGCCAUGCUAGCGCCAGUGAUGCUGAUCUGAGGAUUGGUAUUUCUGAGAGGCAUCGACAUUCCCAUGAAAGGGUGCGUAGCUCCAAUGGUUUCAUGCCAACAUCCAUGACCUUAGAUGCUCUAACGACCUCAGCCGGUGACCUGGAGUCCAAGUUGUCCCAGCAGCUUUUUGAAUUUGAGAAAAGCUUGACUGCUUCAUAUAGUGAUUCCAACAUGAGUUCUGGUCAUCCAAGGGACAUUUCUCCUCUAGACGAUGGGAACCAGCAAUCCCAAAUCUUGCGCCACUUUUCUAUAAUGGACUUCAGCGAUGAAAGCGACAUCAUCCGAGGUUCCUCUCAUUCACCAGUUUCCCAUCUAUUGCGGUCGAACUCGGCAAACUCCUCACUUGACAGACGCAGGACCCUUCGCCCUCCUCCUCCACGUCCCAGAGUCCUUCGUCCCCAAGCCCAACCUGUGUACAGACCUGCUCGCCCUCCACCGCGUCCACCUCCUCGAUUCCCAAGACAAAACACUGCUCCUCCAACCAGCAACACCUUCCCCAACAGACAGGUCUUCUACACCUCUGACGAAGCAGAUACAAAUGUCUUCGACCAAAUAACAGACGGGCAGACUGAGCACGGUGACCUUGCUGCUGCCCAGGAACAUGAAAUCCGCUGCCAGCUGGAAGCUGAGAGAGAGCUGGAGAGAGCAAUGGAGUUGGAGAGUCAGAGAGAGAGGGAAGAGGAGGAAAAGUACCAGCUGCUGCUACGGCUGCAAGAGGUGGAGAACGACAUGGAUGCAUAUGCGCACACAGCCGAGGAGCUGCGGACGAUGUUGGAGGAAGAGGAGGAUGAGACAGCACGCACGCAAGCCAUGGAGAAUCUGGAGUUCUGUAACUACACACUGGAGACACUGGCCCUGGAGCAACAGCAGCUACAAGAGAUGACACUCCUCUCCUCUCAGCCCGAACCCCUCGACUCCACACCGACCUCCGACUCCAGCCCCAUCGCGGGCACCGAGGACCCGGAGCUGAGGAUGCAGGAGAAGAGGUCCAAGGUCAUCGAGGAGCUGCUGCAGACGGAGAAAGACUACAUCAAAGACCUGCAGAUGUGUGUGGAGGAGAUCAUCGAGCCGCUGCAGAAUAAGAAGGUGAAGAACGUCGACUUUGAUGGACUCUUUGGAAACAUCAGCUCUGUGAUCGACUUGUCCCAGCGUCUGUGUGAUUCCCUGCACGACACAGACUCUAUCGGGAGAGUAUUUCUGGACUUUAAAUCUGAGGUGGAGGAAGUGUACAAGAUCUACUGCCAGAACCACGACGAUGCCAUCUCUCUGCUGGAAAGUUACGAGAAAGACGAGAACAUCCAGCGCCACGUGUUGGAGUGUCUGGAGAGGCUGAGGGCCAUAUACAGAGAAUGGGGUAAAACAAACUACAUCAACCUGGGCUCUUUCUUAAUAAAGCCGGUGCAGAGGGUGAUGCGUUACCCGCUGCUGCUGAUGGAGCUGUUGGGAGCCACACCUGAGAGCCACCACGACCGCCUGCAGCUGACUCUGGCACUGCAGGCCGUCAAGGAGAUCAACGUUAACAUCAACGAGUACAAGCGCAGGAAGGACCUCGUGGUGAAGUACAGGAAAGGAGACGAAGACACGUUCAUCGACAAGAUCUCCAAACUGAGCAUGCACUCCAUCAUCAAAAAAUCCAACCGAGUCAGCAGCCACCUCAAACACCUUACAGGGAUCUCACCUCAGAUUAAAGAUGAAGCGUUCGAUGAGGCGGAGAAGAAGUUCAGGCUGCAGGAGAGACUCAUCAAGAGUUUUAUCAGGGACAUUUCCUUGUACCUGCAACAUAUCAGGGAAUCAGCCUCAGUGAAGGUGUUGGCAGCCAUCAGUUUCUGUGACAUCUACACCGAGCGAAGCAUUCUCGACCCCGAGCGUUUCCAGAGAGCUCACCGCUGCAUCAGUGACAAACAGUUCACGCAGUUUAAGGAGCGCACGGAGGCCUUAGUCAUCAACCCGCUCACCCAGCUGCUCCUCAUGUUCGCCGGGCCGCACAAACUCAUCCAGAAGCGCUUCGACAAGCUGCUCGACUACGACAACUGCAAGGAGCGCGCCGACCGCCUCAAAGACCGCCGCGUCCAAGAAGAGCUGCAGGUGGCACGCAACAACUACGAAGCGCUCAACGCACAACUCCUGGAUGAGCUCCCGAAGUUUCACUUUGGGGCAGAGGAGCUGUUCACCGGCUGCGUGCGGGAUUUCGCUCAAGCUCAGAAGGACUUCAUGAAGACGACGCUGGGAGAGCUGAAGCCCCUCCUACAGUUUCCAAGCAAAGUGGGAACAGAGGGAAACCUGAUUUCACAGUUCCAAGAAGAGUACGGUCGAGUUCUCCAACUUCUGCAAGGUUUCAGCUUCUGCCCGGAGAACCUGCCUCCGACCGCCUCCACUAAAAAGCCCUUUGAAAAGAAAACUCUGGAGAAGCAGACCUCUAAAAAGCAACUGCAAGGACCUUCAAACUGCACCCUGCAGACGGACGAGCACAGAGCAGCACUUCUGGUACGCUACGGGCCUGAGAAGCUCUGCCAGGCAGAGAGAAACUUUAACGCAGCGCAGGAUCUGGAUGUCUCCAUCCAAGAGGGAGAUCUCGUGGGUGUGAUUAAGCAGCAAGACCCCAUGGGUAGCAACAACCGCUGGCUAAUCGACAACGGAGUCACUAAGGGUUUCGUGUACAGCUCCUUCCUCAAACCUUACAACCCACGCAGGAGCCAGUCAGACGUUUCCAUCGAGAGCCAGUCGUCCAAUGAGUCCGGCUAUGGAGGCUCCUCCCCCGUCUUCUCCCGCCAAAACAGCAACAGCACACUAACCUUUAACCAGGACACGGCCACAGUCAGCUUUUCCACGUCGCAGCCCCAAAGUCAGUCAUCGCCACACCCUUCAUUAGACUCUUCGUCGUCUCGUAGGAGUCACCUCAAAGACCCACCCAACCCAGACUCCGUCAGUCAGAGCAACUCCAUCAACUCCUCACCCCGAAAUCCCUCCAACCGGAAGGAGUUCUCGGACCAAACUCAUAGGAAUUCCUCCAGUCACAGAGACACAGAGCCUUCUUACCGGCAUUCGGGCAACCACAGAGAUGCGUACGAUGCGAGUUAUACGAGUACGAGCAGCCACAAGGAGACAGCAGACCUCUCUGAGAGCGAGUCUUACUCUUCACACAGACACAGUCGCUCUCAGCGGUAUGGGCACUCAGACAACGCCAACAGUUCCUACCAUCGGAGAAACGGAGAUACAAGUGGCCAGAAGAGGUCAGCUUACUCCAGAGAUGAUUACAUCGAGCCGGAACCAGAACCAGAACAAGAACCAGAACCAGAACCAGAACCAGAGGAGAGUGAAGUAGAUGGUCAUCAGAUUUACUACGCUCUCUACUCCUUCGAUGCACGCUGUGCCAAUGAACUGAGCAUCUCAGCCAACCAGCGGCUGCGGAUCCUGGAGUUCCAGGACAUGAACGGCAACGGUGACUGGUGGCUAGGGGAGGCAGGCGGCCGGCGAGGCUAUGUGCCAUCAAACUACAUCCGCAAGUCUGAAUAUACAUGAAGAUGUCCUUUUACGUGGACCUGAGACUGUGCUUUUAACUUAAGGAGACUCACUCUGCGAGCAGUAAGAACAAAACCACAAACAAGCAUCAGGACACGCUGUGACUUAUUUUUGAUCUGUCGUCAUUGAUUUUGAAACUGACUAGGACUGACUAUUGCUGCUGGCACUUUUCCUACAAGUUAGCAUUACAUGCCUUUUUAUUUAUAGACUUUUUAUAUUGUUUUUUUUACUUUCUGGAUACUGAAGCCUAUUCCCUCUUGUUUCCAGAGAAAAUCCUGUGAAUUGCACCAGAUUGUUGCCACAUAUUCUGGGGCUGAAGACAAUGAAUUGUAUGUUUAAGAGAACAGUCAUUGGGAGAUUGCAAUGUGAAUGUUUUGGGAUCAGGCUGGCUCUUUCUAAACAAAAAAAUCCUGUUGUAUGCAGACAGACUGACCUAAAGACUGUGUUUAUAUCUGCAUGUGGUUUAUUCCACCACCAGAGUGAUGCAUGAAGAUUAAAGCAGCGUACUCUUUUACAAUCAAGGUUUGAGGCACUUAUGAUGAUUACCCACUGGUUUCGAGUUUUGAAGUGUCUGUGGAGCCAUCAACCCGAAUUUGGAGUGUUUUAUGAUUCUAAAAUGGGCUCUUUGAAUUUAAACCAAGUGCAAAGUUGAAUGGCAUAUGAUAUAUAGUUUACAAGCACUCCCUUUUGUAACCAGGUCGACACAGUGCAAACAGGUGAUGGCCCAUUCAACCUGUGAGGAGGAGGUUAACGAACUGGGAGAGAGAGCUUGUGGUCUGGACUUAACUCUGAUUUCUCCACAUAUUCCCUGUGUACAUUAUAUAUAGUGUUAAUAUUGAGAAUAUGCUAUUGCUCCCACUGUAAAGUGAUCACUGUUUGAAUAAAAAAAACAGCUCAGCUGAAAAUAUGAAAAUCA